GCUAGGAUGUUCAAGAAUGUGUUCGGUUCAGGAUUUCUGGUCAGAACCGCUCAUGUCGUCCUGACAUGGGUUAUAACGUUAAUCCUCUUCCUGCACGAUACCGAUCUCCGUAGAGAGGAGGAGGCCGGUCGGCUUGCACUGCCUGUAAUCUUUGUGCUGCUCGUGCUGCUCUCUGUGCUGCUCUACUUUGCAGUGUCGCUCAUGGAUCCAGGUUUCGUGCUUGCUGAUGACUGCGAUCUGCAGUUUGCGCUUGGCUUUACAGAAGAGCAUCUGGACAUGAUUCCUCAGUCCAAACCUCUACGACUUCGCCGCUGUGGCCACUGCCUAUUACAGCAACCGAUGAGAUCAAAACACUGCCAGACGUGUCAGCACUGCGUGCGUCGUUAUGAUCAUCACUGCCCGUGGAUAGAGAAUUGUGUUGGUGAGAGGAACCACCGCUGGUUUGUGCUUUACCUGGCUGUACAGUUUAUUGUGCUGCUGUGGGGGCUCCACAUGACCUGGUCGGGCUUCAGUAAUGCUUCAACAUGGCAGGUGUGGUUAAAAGCAAAUGGUGUGCUGCUGGCGACCGGCACCAUGGUGGCACUGCUAGCGCUGACUGUGCUGCUCCUCCUGGGUUCUCAUCUUUACCUGGUAUCUGUGAACACCACCACGUGGGAGUUCAUGUCUCGUCACCGUAUUUCUUACCUCAAACACUGCGGCACUGAUGAGAACCCCUUUGACCGGGGUACACUACGCAACCUGUGGAGCUUCUUCUGCAUGUGGGGCUCGGUGGCAUGGGAGCAGGUGUACUUCAGGCAAGGCUGCGACCCAACUUAAAGCAGAACCACAAGCAAGGACUCAGCGGUUAACGGUAACAUAGCCAAGUCAAUAAACACAACAUGUAGUGAGUUGAAA